AUCAGUUGGAGCUCAAUUGUUGAUCUGAUCACAUCCGACGGACUUGCCGCAAAAGAGAAGCUGAGAUUUAAAGACGAGCAUUUCCCAUUCUCACUCUGUGCUGUUUGAGAGAGAGAGAAAGUCUUUCACUUAUUGCUUUGGUGGGCUAUUUGCUUUUUUGCCUUGUUUUGGCUUCCGACGUGGCGGAGGAGAUGUCUUUCCCCCAGCUGGGUUACCCGCAGUAUUUAAGUGCCUCCCAGGCGGUGUACGGAGGCGAUCGCCCGGGAGUGCUAACUCCGUCGUCCCGCGGAGGGAGCGCUGACAUCGGGGGAAGCGCGUCGGCGGCGGCCGCUGCGGUGUCCUCGGUGUUGGGCAUGUACCCGUACGCACACAACUACAGCGCCUUUCUGCCUUACACCAGCGCCGAUCUGGCUCUUUUCUCUCAAAUGGGCUCUCAGUAUGAUUUAAAAGACAGCCCUGGCGUUCACCCUGCCAGCUUUGCUGCCCACACGAGCCCUGCCUUCUAUCCCUACGGCCAGUUCCAGUAUGGAGACCCUGCCAGGCCUAAAAACGCCACACGGGAGAGUACCAGCACUCUGAAGGCCUGGCUCAACGAGCACAGGAAAAACCCCUAUCCCACCAAAGGCGAGAAGAUCAUGCUGGCCAUCAUCACCAAGAUGACCCUCACGCAAGUGUCCACCUGGUUCGCCAACGCCAGGCGGAGACUCAAGAAGGAGAACAAGGUGACAUGGGGCGCCAGAAGUAAAGAAGAUGAAGAUGGCAAUAUAUUUGGGAGCGAUAACGAGGGGGACGCCGAAAAGAACGAAGAUGAAGAGGAAAUAGAUUUGGAGAGCAUAGAUAUCGACAAGAUCGACGACAACGACGGAGAUCAAAGCAACGAGGAGGAUGAGGAAAAGCGCGGGGAGCUCGAGAGCCUGCAGGAGAAGCGGCGCGCGCUUGCGCUGGAGGCUCACGAGGCCUACGAGAAAUCCAAAUCAAACGUCAUUUCUGCCGGGAAAGAGCCGUCUGACGCAAACAACAACACCAGGGUUCUGUCGCCGGGUCGGCAGGGAGGUUUUCAAGUUCCAGUUAGCAAUAAGCCCAAAAUAUGGUCGUUAGCAGAAACCGCGACCAGUCCAGAUAGCUCGCAAAAACCUACGUCACCCUCAGUUCCCGCCACUCCCGCGGGCACACACCCGGCCUUCCUGCCCAGCCACGGACUCUACACGUGCCAGAUUGGGAAGUUCCACAACUGGACAAAUGGCGCGUUUCUGGGCCAAAACUCCCUGCUGAACGUCCGCUCUUUCUUGGGCGUCAAUCAGCAUCACCAUAAUCAUCCUGUUCAUCAGCAGCAGCAGCAGCAGCAGCCCUCGUCGGUGGUGGUGUCAUCUAUGGCAGCCGUGAGCAGUGAGAAGGCGCCAGAGGACCUGAGUCCAAAACACAUAGAUCGGGAAAAUGUCCUCAGAAAUGAAUCACCAACGCAACCUUUAAAGUCAUCGUUUCGUCCUCUUCAUGACAGCCCGAGAAACCAGCAGGAAUCAACACAGAGGGUCCUAACAGCUCUCUCUUCCGCUUGAUCAAGACAUUUGCCCCCCAAAAAGGACUGAUGGCACUCAUAAUGGGACAAUGAAAACGAAAUCAAUUCAGCAUAGCAUUCAGUUACUCUAAAACAAAUGGCCCAGUUUGAUUAGCACCCGCUGGAGUUGUAUAUAAUGACACCUGUGAUCCCUUCCUUACCGUGGGACAUUGGUAGGCUUAUUUUGUCUUUAUGUGUUGGUGUUUUCCUUUAAGGUGACCCACAUUUGUAAAUAGUGAGUUGACGGAGUUUGUCCAGAUCAUAUAUUUUGUCUAAUAAACUAAAUGAAAUUA